AUGCCAUUAAGACUGCAACAACAACCUCAGCAGCAGCAACAACAACAACAAACUCAUGUGCAUCAGAAUAGAGAUGUACCUGAACCACAACAAAUGUAUUCUCAACAUCAUCAACCUUCUGAUCAUCAUCAAUUUCAGCUGCCAGAUCAGGACCAUCCACUGAAACAAAAUUGUUCCCCAAACCAACAUCAUCCUCGACAAAACCAUCUACAACAAAAACAUUACCCACCAUCAUCACAACACCACCACCAUCAUCACAAACAACAACCACAAACACCUCGAAAAAAUUCGAAUCAAAUUGCGAGGACUUUAGUGAAGCGACAAAAGGACGAUGACGACGAUCGUUAUCUUGCCCAGAGUUAUGCUGAUUACACAGACGCCUUUCACACGCAGGAUGGUGAUGAUGAUGAUGAUUCUUAUCGUGUCGAACGCACCCGCAAAACAAACAACGCAGUGGAUGUUCAAGCAUGUAACGUAAGUGAUGAACAGCAACAACAUCCUCCCGACGAUUUACUUGAAAACGUAUCAACCUACAUGCCAAAAAAGACCUCGAGCAAACAUUUAAAAACGCAAAUAAGUACUAGCACCAUGAUGGCAGAAACAAAUGCAACAAACACAGCCCCGAAUUUGUCUUCUGUCAGUCCAUUGGAAAUAAACGAGUUGAAAUCAAGCCCAACAAGUUCAGGCAGGACGCUGCAAAAAAACUAUAAGAAUCCCAAAUUUAUUGACUUGAAAGUGAUCGAUUCCUCCGUAAUUCAUGGAAAGAACAAAAACAUUAAUUCAAGUUUCAACAACAGUUCUUGGAAUUUAUCAGACUCCGUGUCAAAGAACUCGCAACAUGUUUUGCAGAAAUUUUCCCGAAUGGUGAGAAGAUUAUCAGUUAAUCGGGAACAUUUCGACAGGAACGAUGGAGACGAAGAAACGUGCUGCGAACAACAGAUUGAUAGAAAAAGUUCAAACAUUCAUAAUAAUGCUGCUUGCAAGAAAAACCAGCGGCGUAACGAAGACAUCUUACUAACCAACAACGAAAAUGUAACAAAAGACAAAACUAAAACAUUUUUAAACUUAGAUUUUUCUUCUUUAACACGAACACUGUCAAAUUUUGCUCUUUCUAAUGAGCAUCUACAGCCGUCCAGUCAAAACGAUCUACCUGCCACGGUUCAAACUCAAAUAACACCACCACCGCAACAACAAAAUCAUCAGCAACAUUUUCAGCAACAGCGUAGAUCUCCACCACAAAAUCAAACUUCUCCCAUUCAACUGCAACACCGACAGCACGCAGCGAAAAACGAAGCUCGAUCCUCUAGAUCACCUGGCAGCACAUCCGGCCAUCGUACACCACCAACAACACAGGUGACCUGUUCAUCAACAACAACCAUCCAUCAAUCAAACCUUACCACCACAAACAACAACCUCAACGUCGAUGCUUCACCCAACAACUCCAACAUUCUCGACACCCUCAUGCCACGUUUGACAACUGACGUUUCCAAACCUUUGAUCCUGCCACAAAAUUUAGUGCCUCAGUCGCUUGCGGACCACGACGAUGAAAAUUCAACUGUUCAUUUCAGCCAUUUCAGUUCAAACGUUUUCCAGUGUGAAACGAAGAAAAAUGUUUAUUUUCCGAUGAGUGAGUUCCACUUGAACAUGUUUCGCUUUCUUGACAGCCAACUAGAAAUGAAAAAAGAUGAUCUGAACAAGAUUAGCAACUGUGUUUCAUCUCAGUUGCAAAAAAAUGAAAACUUGCAGCUACAGCAGCCACAACAGCAGCUCCAGCAUCAACAUGCAAACCCGAGAAUCGUUAAACAGUACAAAAUGCUGCUGAACAAAAUAAAAAUGAGAAACCGAUCCUUGGAUAUUGAUCCGGACACAUCAUUAACAAGCACGGUGCAAACGCUUCCAGCAAACGUAUCCACCAAGACGAAUGUUGCUGACACAACAAAUAUUGCAAUCGCAACAAGCAGUAGUAAUUUUAAUAAGCAACAAAACUCAAUACAACAAUCAUUUUCAGUGGCAAGCUCUACUCUCCCAUCAAACAAAAAUUACGCUGCAACCCUGUUGAACAGUCACACAACUCCUCAAGCAGCAAUAAACCGGCAACAAUUACUACGACAGACAUUCCCGACAACAACAUCAACCAGUACAACAACAAAGUCAGCAGCAGCGUCAACAAUUACAUCGACGAACAAAUUAAACAGUUAUUUUUCAUUUUCUUAUCCCGACGCCUCACUGAUAUACAACAGGAUUACCGGUCUCCCUAAUCAAAUUCUCAACACGAGUUGGAGAGGAAUGUUGGUGCCCCUCCAAACAAAGCAUUGCAGUCGCAUGAAGGUCACAAAUUAA